AUGGCGCCGAGCGCGCGCGCGACGGCGAUGGCGAUCGAGCUCGAUCGAUUGCUCGGCGCGCGCGACGACGCGAGCGGGACGCGCGCGGUGCGGAGCGUCGAACACGCGCCGGACGUGUCGCGAGCGGCGCUGUUCGGAACGACGCGAGGCGACGAGAACGCGUCGCGAAUGCCGGACGCGUUUUACGCGUGCGGCGACGCGCUGGUGAUGUCGCACGACGCCGUCGUGGGCGUGCGCGAGGCGUCGGCGAGGCGAUGGGAGGGCGACGACGACGACGCGGAUUUCGACGCGGCGGCGACGGCGCUGUGCGCGAACGGCGAUCACGCCACGGCGUGGAACGCGCGAAAGAGAACGAUGAAGGCGCGAUUCGACGGCGUCGAGAAGAUGAGCGCGCGCGAGCGGGACGGAUUGGUGGAAGGCGCGCGCGAUGAGUUGGCGUUUGCGCGCGCGGUGCAGAGUCGAUUUCCAAAGGCGCCGAGCGCUUGGGCGCACCGGCGAUGGGUGAUCGACGCCGCGCGCGCGGCGGUGAUUGGUGAUGGGUCGAAAAAGGACGCGUGGGCGCUAGAAACGUUUCGAGAAGAGUGCCGGGCGUGCGACGCGGCGGUGUUGAAGAAGAGAUUGAAUUACGCGGCGUGGUCGCAUCGCGCGUGGGCGCUGCGGCGCCUUUUGCCGAACCGUCGGGAGUUGUUAGAUCAAGAGCUCUGUGAAAACGAACGCCGCGUGCGAACGAGCGUGAGCGAUCAUUGCGCGUUGCACUACCGGUCGCACAUCGUCAAGCGCGCGUUGGGCGCGCGGCCGGCGGAUCGUCGUUCGAUUGUACUCUAUGAAGACGAAUUGUCGCGUCACCUCAUACGCCAAUACCCGGGACACGAGGCGCUGUGGUCGUACUACAGAUUCGUGUUCGACACGAUGAUUUGUGCGUUUCCACGCGAUGGCGACGUUUUUGCGAGCAUUAAAUCGUUUAUCCACGAACAGUGCGACGUCGACGAGAUCGUUAGAGUAGAUCCAGCUCGGGCGGAACGCGACGCGCCGACGCAACGUCGCCUCGCACUCGCAUUCGAGAUUUGGAUGAACGUCAGAGUAGCGCGCGAGCGUGGUGAAAGUGUGGUCAUCAAGCACACACGGGCGACGAAUGGAAGCACGGUGGAGGUGGAAUCAAAAGCGCGCGUUUAG